AUGGCAGACGAUAUAGAGCGAGGGCGCAAAGGCGCUAAGACUACGACUACAACUGAUGAGGAUGGAUCGUCUAAGGUAUCUGUGGGUGUUGGACAGGAGCAGCUUGCGCAGGUCACUGCUCCCCAUGAGUCCUAUGAAGGAUAUCACCGGUUCGAUGCGACUGCGACGUGGACGCCAGAUGAGGAGCGGUGGGUGGUGCUAAAGACAGACUUUUUGCUGCUUGGUUGGCUCUGCAUUAUGUUCUUCGGAUUGCAAUUGGAUCGGGGAAACUUGUCGAAUGCCCUAACCGAUAGUCUUCUGGAAGACCUGAACAUGAACAGCAACGAUUAUAACAAUGGCACAACAAUCCAACUGGUUCUGUUCCUCGCGGCCGAAUUCCCCGUCCAGCUCCUUAUCAAGCGCUAUGGUUUCCGAAGAGUCCUUCCUUUGAUGAUGAUGUCCUGGAGUCUUGUCUCGUGGACUCAAUCGUGGAUGACUAGCAGGGCUUCGUUCUAUGUGACGAGAGCUCUAAUUGGUGCUCUAGAGGGUGGUUUUAUUCCCGGAACCGUCCUUUUUGCGACGUAUUUCUAUAAGACUCGGGAGUUGUCUUUUCGACUGGCGUUCUUCUGGUCGUCGUUGAAUGUUGCCCGAAUCAUCUCUUCGCUUUUAGCAGCAGGAAUCCUUAAAAUGCGCGGGAUUCAGGAUAAGCCCGGCUGGUUCUGGCUUUUUCUCAUUGAAGGGUUGCUGACCUUUGUGAUUGGACUUAUCAGCUUCUUCUUCCUCCCCAGCUCCCCGACAAACACCAAGAGUGUCAUCUGUCCGAGAUCCUGGUAUACCGAAAGACAGGAAUUGAUUAUGGUUAAUCGUCUCCUCCGCGAUGACCCCUCUAAAGGUCUCACACACAUCCACGAAGCCGCCUCCUUCCGCGACGUCCUUGACGCUUGGAGCGACAAAUCCAUGUGGGGUCUAUACUUCAUCGGCCUAGUCGCAUAUAUCCCGCAGAGCCCCGUCCAAUCUUACCUCUCCCUCACCCUAAAGCGCAUCGGGUUCUCAACUUUCGACUCGAACAUGCUCUCCAUCCCCUCCGCCGCGGUCCAGAUUAUCCUCAUGCUCGCGUUGUCCAAGAGCAGUGAGUACUUUGGCGAACGUACAUUUCACUCCUUGUUCGGCGAAUUCUGGUCGCUUCCGUUGUUGGCUGCGUUGCUGGGCUUGCCAGCAUAUGGACAUGACUGGGCACGGUUUACAAUCACGACAUUGAUAUCGGGGUAUCCGUACUUCCAUCCGAUUGUGUCUGCGUGGAUUUCGGAGAAUACAUUCGAUGUACAAAAACGUGCUAUUACGGCUGCGACGUAUAACGUGGUCGUGCAGAUUGGAUCUGUUAUAUCUUCCCAAAUCUACCGCGAUAGCGACUCCCCCUACUAUUACACCGGCGACAGAGUCCUCAUCGCGCUCUGCGUAGUCUCAAUGGUCGCCUUUAUCGUCCAGCGACAAUACCUCUGGUUCCUUAACCGUCAGAGAGAUAAAGCGUGGAAUGCGAUGUCUCGGGAAGAGCAGGUUCUGUAUCAAUCUGAUCAAGCGGCGAGAGAGAAGGAUGGGAAUAAGCGGUUGGACUUCAGGUUUAAGUAUUGA